GCCUGCCGCGCGCAUGCGGCGCCGCCCCUCCCUACUUCCGCUUCCUCCUUCUUCCCCCUCUCUCCCCGCCGCCGCCAUGUUCCUGCAGUGCUACUACAACGAGCGCGGCGAGCGCGUCUACACCCUCAAGAAGGUGUCCCCCGCCGGCACCCCGACGUUCUCGGCGCACCCUGCCCGCUUCUCCCCCGACGACCGCUUCUCCCGGCACCGCCUGCUCCUCAAGCGCCGCUUCGGCGUCCUGCUCACCCAGCAGCCCCGGCCGCUGCUCUGAACCGGGCACCGGGACCGCCUCCGGGAGCUCCCCCCGGGUCCCCAAACGGGACGUCCCGGCGCUAGGACCCGGGGGAGCCCCCGCGGCGGGGCCGCGUCCGUUCAAUAAAAUGAGUUUUUCCCACGC